AUGGCCGAAGCUUCAGGAGGCGAGGGUGGAUAUGUGUUCCGGGACCGGGAUCCCCCGCCAAGCUAUGCCGGAGAGAAUCCUCAGAGUACGUUUCGCCCCUUCCUCCCGGACUUGGAAUUAUGGCAAGCAUCGACAGACAUCCCGGUGGAGAAGCAGGGGGUCAAGUUGGUUCAAGGCCUCAAGGGGCCCGCCAAAGCAGCUGUCGACGCACUGCCGGUUUCGAGCAUAAAGGGCCCGGAUGGCUACAAGGAGGUGCUCAAGGCCCUGAAGGACGCCUUCCAGCCCUACGUCGAGACCGCGCUGCCGCGAGCGAUGGAGCAGGUCUUCUUUGGAGCGCCCAGGCACCAUAAGGAAAGCCUGGCGGACUAUCUGGUCCGGGCGAGCAAUGCGCAGGCCCUCCUCAAGGACGAGGGCGUUGACUUGCCGAGCAAGGCGGCUGGCUACCUUCUGUUCCGGCAGGCCAACCUGGAUUCAGAGCUGGAGGCUCGACUGACCACCUGGUUGGCCGGAGAUUUCUCCCGGGACAACGUGGUGGCUAACCUUCGGCGACUGGAGCGCGUGCACCAGGAGGGCUCCAAGACGGUCCUGCUCGCCGACUUCGGAGAUGCCGACGGCGAGGAGGCAGGCCACCUUGGAGAACAAGAAGCGUUCCUCUAUGACGGCCCCGAGGACGACUCGGGCGAGGACUUCGUCUACUUGAACGACGGCGACCUGGCAGAGGUGAUGGACGAAGACGAGGUGAUGGAAGCGUUGGCCACCUACCAGCAGGUGAGGCAGCACCUGAAGGACACCAGGCUGGGCCGCAAGUUCAGGAGGCCACCGCCUUUGGAAGGCAAGGGCGCCCACAAGUUCGGCAAGCAGUCUGGCGGCAAGUUUUCGGGCAACCCGGCUGGAAAGGGAAAGGGAAAAGGCCAGUUUUCCCCAGAAGCCCGACGAGUACACAUAGAGCAGCUCAAGCUGCGCACCCGCUGCCGCAGCUGUGGGCAAGUGGGGCACUGGUCGAAAGAAUGCCGAAAUGCCCCGCACAGCGCUUCCAGCCAGACCGGUGCUUCCUCGACGAGCCGCUCCAGUACCAGCUUUUACUGGUCGGCCGACUCGCCGACAAGGGCGGGCACGGCUACCUUCUUCACCUUCGGGGAGGCCAGAGAGAUGCGCGAAAACGAGUGCAGCCAAGCUCUUCUUCAGGACAGUGGCUUCGUAGGAGUUACCACAGCAGACCACCAGGCCUUGGUAGACACGUGCGCGCAAGAGGGCCUCAUAGGCAAGCCAGCUCUCCUUCGACUUUGUGACGCGCUUCGCGCUCAAGGCCUUCGCUGUCUGUGGUUGGACAAGGUGGCCGCAGCGCGCGGCAUUGGGGGCUCAGCUAAGACGGUUGGGGUCGUGGAGCUUCCGCUGGGGCUGGCCGGGGUGAGCGGGGUGUUGGAGGCAACUGUCGUCGCAGAAGACGUUCCGCUUCUACUUCCCGUUUCUCUCCUUCGUUCUCUGGGGGCGGUCCUUGACUUCCCGGGGGAAAAGCUAACUCUGACCGCCGUCCCCGUGGACAUGGCCAUGCAAGCUCUACCUAGUGGUCACCCCGCAGAGACAACACCGCCGCGACCAGCGGCAGAACGGCGAGUGGUAAACCGCGGCAGGCUGGCACUUCGAAACUGGCGGGUGGUCUUCGACAAGCUCUACUCCUUGCUGCGCUGGGGACACUAUCAUACCCUGGCCUCGCAAUUCAUGAGCGGGGCGCCUUUGCCUUCGGCGCCGAGCAGCAGUGGCACCGAGGUGGCCGCGGCCCUGGCUCCUACCGAGAAGGCCCGCUUCUACAAGGGCUAUCUCCAGGACCGCAAUCCCGAGAAGAUGGCUCCUAUCAAGGGGCUUCCGCCCCAGAGCCCGGAGACUUGCGCUCACGAGGCGAGGUUCCUCAAAGGAGGAGGGAAUGGCCACGCCAACUGGAUACAUUGUGCCCAGUGCCAUUCCCGAUGGAAGGUGUCGCCGAGGUCUGCGGCCAAGGUCACCGGGAGAGAGUUGGAGACAACGACCACGCCGGCGGUAACGACUUCCAAGGCGAAGGCGAAGCCAGGCACCAAACGGCAGGCCAAGACCGAGGGCACCAUGGAGCCGAGCACGGACGAGUUCCUCAAGGUGAUUGCGGACCAGCAGGAGAAACUCGAGCUAGCGGAGAGCCAGGUUGCGCUGCUGACGGGCAACACCAUCGACCUCACCUUGGCCGAGGAGGCGGCGGCUGCGCCGGGAGUCGACGACGAUCGUUCGGGAGUACAGCGGGAGACCCGCUUCAAGAGCAACCACUUCCCGACGAGCGACACCCGAGCCGAGUGGGCAGCGGCAGCCGAGAACUACCGGGUCGCGGCGAACCAGAUCGUGACCUACUACCAGGGAUUGAUGGCACAGAGGUCCCAGUCCGGGACCCAAGUUUUGGUGAAGGCCAGCCAGGCCAUGGUGAAAAGAUGGGCCAGAGUGCCAACGCCCGGUGUGGAGGACUUUGUGGUGAUCCGCGCCCGGGCUGGAAUGGAACGCCACGACCGGGCCGAGCACAGCACCCUCGACUGCGAUAAGCACGAGAUCUUCCUGGUGCUGGACGAGCCGGAGAUCGCCUACCUGGACGUGGCGGAGGAGGUCGGGGAAAUCUACCACGACCUCUUCGCGGAGCAAGGCAAGCUUGUAGGGGCAAGCUGGGCCGACGCCCCAGCCGAACUUGGGACAGAGGCGUCUCCUCUGGGCCGGGCGAAGGACUGGUGCGCCUGGACGCGAGCGGGAGCCGAAGCUAUCUUAGAGCUCCCGACCACCAGCAGCCGCGAGCAGGUUGACCAUGUGGCCAGCGUCGUAGAGGCCCUGAGAGCAAGCACUUUGAGGAGCUCGGCGGCCUACCUCCUCUACCGCAAGCAGGGCUUGGUGACGAACGUGACCGACACCGAGCGCUACUGGAUGGCGAAAGGCCUGCGAGGACCGGCUCAGUGCAGUUUAGAGGUCGAGGGCUUUCCGAUCGACCCCGACGCAGGUGCUGAGGAGGCAGAGCCGGCCGAUCCCGAGCCGGAGGUGAAGCAGCCGACCGAACGCGAGAAGGAGGGCAUCAUGAAGCUUCACCGCAACUUGGGCCCCGACAAAGCUACCCUCGCUAGAGUGCUCCGGGUGGGUGGCGCUCCAGAGUAUGCCUGGAAAUGGGUGAAGCAGGAGUUUCGCUGCCCUACCUGCGAGUCUGGUGUGCUUCCAAAGGCGCACCGGCCGGCCACAGUGCCGAGGAACUUCUCGCCGAACACCGCCAUGGCCAUUGACCUGAUAGACCUUCCGAGCUGGAAUGGGGCGAUGAUCAUCGUGGACCAGGGGACCGAGUACCUGAGCGACUUUCGCGACCGCUGCUCGCAGAUGGGCGUGGUGCUCCACGUCAUUGGGGCAAGGGCGCCGCAGCAAAACUCCAGGGCAGAACGGCACGGGGGGCUGUACAAGGCAAUGCUCCAGCGCGCCAAGUGGAUGAAUCCGCCGGCAAGCGCCGACGAAUACAAGGUCCUCCUCCGGGAGGUAGAGUCCGCCAAGAAUCGGCUGUCGGACCGCUCGGAAUAUUCCCCAGCACAGCGCGUGAUCGGCGAGAACCCAAAGACCACCGGCGAGCUGCUUUCGGACGAGCUGGUGGAGGCCGCUCUCCUUGGCGAUGGCCCGGAGAUUCAGAAGAAGGUGGCCGCAAGGACCGCGGCACAGAAGGCGUUCGCCGAGGUGAACAAUUCGCAAGCCAUUCGGCGGGCGCUGCGAGCAAGACCGAGGACCACGAAGGUUUUCCGACCAGGCGACAUUGUCUUCGUGUGGCGCACCUGGCGUUCCCAAGGGGUGCGCCGAGCCUGCUGGACGGGACCUGGAGUGGUGGUGCUUCCCGAGGGAGCCAACGCCUACGUCAACAUGAAAGGGCGGCUGUGGAAGUGCGCGAACGAGCACCUGAGGGACGGCACCUCCGAGGAGAUCCGCGGAGUGGAGGCAGUCAACGACAUCUUCCAGGACAUGGCUCAGCGCUUUAAGGCCACCGGCCGCGAGCACAGAGUGGUCACCGACCUCACGGGCGAUCCUUUACUACCGGGGUCGGAGCGCGAGUCCCAAGACACCGUGGAAGCAGAAGGGGAAGCCAGAGGCUUGCCCAGGGUUCGGAUAGAGGAGCCCGAGACGCCAGUGCCGGCCCUUCUUUUGGAGCCGCCGACGGCGCAAGAGGUGCAGCCGGAGCUACCAGAACCACCUGUACCACAAGUUCCUUUGCCUACGUCUCCUUUGCAGCCAGCGGCCCCGCCAAGCAGGGCCACCACCGAGGAGCCGGACGUGGAGGCUCCAGCAAGAGAGCACCGGGUCAGUGAGGCGGUGGAGGCCGCGCGCAGAGCAGCCCGGCUGGAUGGGCACGUCAACCCGCCAGGGCCGGAGCCAGGAUACGGAGCGGCGCGGCAACCGCCGCCAGCGGCGAGACUACAAGCGGCCACGCCGUACCACCGCGAGGCCCUCGAGGACGACUUCUUCGAGCAGAGCGGCCAAAGGCAACAACCACCUCACCGGGACCACUGGGAAUUCUUCUCAGGCGAGGGCAGGCUUAGGCGCCACCACGUGAAAUGGAGGUCCUCUCAGUUUUCUCCAUGGGAAGCCUCCCAGCUGCCAGUGGCGCUGCACCUCUUGAGCUCGGAGAGGACUACGUGCCGAAAGUUCAAGAAGGGCGACGUGGACGAGAUCUCCGACCACUGGCGCGAGCUUAAGCCAAGCAAGCGCGCCCCGGCAAAGUGGCGUGGCUAUACGGACUUCUUCCUCACCAAGAAGGGCCUGAAGGAAGCGAAGGUCCUGAUAGAGCAGGGGGCCUUGCAGGACGACGCCACCGAGCUCUACUUCCACGAGGGCGGCUUCGAGGUCUUCGCCGCCAAGAAGACGGCCAGCGACGAGGUCAAGGAAAAGGACAUCUCCCAAGAGGAGUGGCCCUCCUGGAUUCGAGGUGCCGUGGUUCUUCGCACUUUGGAGGAGAGCCGCGUGAUCUGGGACCAGCUGGCUCGCGAGGUGAUCGACAGCCGAAUUGUGCGUCGUCGGAAACCCGGCGAGCAGUUGGGGGAGGAGGCGUCAUUGAAGUCACGCUGGGUUGUGCGUGGAGAUCAAGACCCAGACUCGGCCGACAUCGAGGUGUACGCGCCGACGGUCUGCACGCAAAACUUGCAGGUACUCUUGCAGACGGUGACCUCGCUGGGCAUGGCAGGCAGUUGCGGCGACCUAAAGGCGGCGUUCACUCAAUCGGCGCCGCUGGUCCGCGCAGGAGGCCGACUGUUUGUGCGGAUUCCCCGCAACGGUGGGCCACCGGGCGCUCACGAGGAGCAGCUGUUGGAGAUUGUCAAAGGCAUCUAUGGCCUAGUGGACGGGCCGCGACACUGGAGGGCUACGCUGAAGGACUUCGUGGUGAAGGACCUGGAGUACCAGCAGUCGAGGCUGGACCCCACAAUAUUUCUACUCUUUUCCGAGCACGCUCUAGAAGGGGUCCUGGUGAUCGAGGUGGACGAUAUCCUCAGCUUCGGCCACAAGACCCACGACGCAAAGAUGCAGCAACUACGUUCCCGGUUCAAGUUCAAUGGGAGAAGGGUGCAACAAGGCCACGACUACGUGCUGAAGGUCGACAUGGCGAAGUUUGUGGAGGAGCGGCUGGCGCCGCUCACCUUGGAGCGUGGGAGAAAGAGCAAGCCGGACGAGCCGGUCACCGAGGACGAGCGACAAAGGGCUCGCGGGCUUUUGGGCUCACUGGCUUGGCUGGCUAAAGAAGGCCGGCCAGACGUGGCUGGAGCUACAAGCAUGCUGGCGUCGAGAAUCGGGUCCCUCAAGGUACGGGACCUUAUCGAGCUGAACCGCGCAGUCGAGGAGGCCAAGAAGCUCAGGGACCUCACGCUGUGCUUCUACCCCAUCAAGCCGCAGGACUUAGGGUGGGGAGCGAUCACCGACGCCUCUUGGGCGAACCACUCAGAUGGCUCCUCCCAAGGAGCUCUGGCAAUCAUCGCCUUCGACCGGGCGAUCCUAGACGGCCGGCGAGCACCAUGCUCGUUGAUCUGGUGGAAGUCGGCCAAGCUCAAGCGCAAGGUGGGCUCGACACUUGCAGCGGAAACGCAGUCUCUGCUGAAGGGACUGGGGGAGCUCAUGUGGGCCAAAGCGAUUCAUGGGGAGCUCAUGGAUCCGGGGUUCUCGUUGGAGAAGUUUCGGGCCAGUGUUCAGGCCCAAGCCGACAUAGUGCUGCAGAAGACGGACGCGGACCCCAAGCUCAAGGACUCCCUGGCGGUGGUGGACGCUAAAAGCUUGUACGACAACCUGAUGAAGGAAGGGGCGCAGGCCCAGGACAAGUUCACCGCGCUGGACAUCGACGGCCUGGGGGUGCAAGUGUGCUGGGUGGAGCACCAGAGCAUGCCGGUGGACAGCCUCACCAAAAUCGGCGCCGGCAAGGACUGUCUGCUCGACCUAAUCCAGACCGGCACCUUCAAGCUCGAGGCGGA